AAUAAUUGAAGGCGAUCCAACCCACUUUAGAUCGACAGUCCUAUGUUCCUUGGUAUCGUUCGCGGGGUCGUUCGGUGGGGCAAUUCUGACAUAAACACCCGACCCAACCCUAUCGCGUGCCAAGACGUGGUUGUCAGGGCAGCCACGGCCCUGGUCGAUACCUUAAUCACAACGCGAGAACCUCGAGGAGGUGGCCGAGACUGAGACUGAGACUAAGACUAAGAAGAUACACAAGGUCGAAAACCGCGUCGACGGCUCCGAAUUUACUAACAACAGUAUCCCCUUACUUUCUACAUCCCAGAUUCGCCGCUCUCUUCGAAUUUAUCUUUUUAACACGCGACAACAACAGAGCCUUUCAACCACGCGAUUCUCCUUCAGUCUCAAAACAACAAUUCAAUCGCACCUAUGUCACACCCAUAGACGUCGCAACCACCACCCACAUAUUUCCACCUCCCUCCUACCUACAUGAUGGAGCAGGCUUGGUUGGACUCGCUUUCAGAGGAUUGGGUUUCCCAGCCACGAUCAUCUGGCUCGCCAGCUCCCUCGCUGCCAUCAUUGUCGAAUAGCACCUCUGAAUCUUCGAAACCUCGUCCCGCCUCGAGUCGCAUACCCAAAUAUAAUCCACAGAAGAAGGCAUGGACAUCUGCGCAUGACGGAGAAAAUAGUCCUCUAAGUGAAAGAAGCACGAACGAACACAACAUCCCCUUGUCGCAACGAGGGCCAUCGAAACUUCGCGAGAUCACGAAUGGUUCACGUGGAAGGCGGAUUUCCAGAACCCUCUCUGCUUCUACCACCCAAUCUGUACAAUACCACACAAUCGAACACAAGUCUGUCAGCUUGUCCCCCAAGAGAGGAAUCCAUGAGACCCCAGAAUGGAAGAGGCGUCUUCUCCAUGGAGAUGUUGCAUAUGGCGAGCAGCGUGAUCUAUUCAGUCCGGCUGGUCUAGAAAACAUAUUUCGACCACCACCUACUCAGAUCGCAGGAUCAAAUAAAGUGCCACAGGUGGGAGAAUUUGACGAGGACAGCGUGAUGCCGUCCAGCCCUCCGCCAUACAGUCGGAACCGCGAAAUCAGCCAGGACAGUGGAGCGGACGAGGAGCAACACGAUGGAGUCAGAAAUCGACAGCAACCCCGAGCGAUGAACUACAGGUUGGCAGAUGAAGGCGGGAGCGACUUCUCUGUGGACGACUUAAGCCGUGGCAGUUCUUUCAGACCUGUUCCAACACCAGACCGACCAGCCCAAAUAACAGGCGUUCGCAUUGGUUCAACAUCCGAGCAGGAGUCUUCUAUUGUACAUGUGCAAGAUGCAGGACGAACAGUCAGCGGACAAAGUGAUAUUAGAAACGAGAAACUGAGUCCUAUUUAUAUUGCAAGGCACAAUACCGUUGAUGGCAAGAUUGACUACGCUGCACUGAAUUUACCUCCCGCCGAGCUAAAACGGAGGCUUGACAUAAUUCGAGAAAGUACACCAGGACAGUCCAGCCAGUAUCAAAACGAGAGUUCCGAAGUCCUUCCUGUGGACAUAACUACCGAAACCGACGACUUCGCACACAAUGGUCGUUUUGUCAAUCUCAAGCGAGGCGGCCAAUCUCAAGAAGGUUCAUUUCAGAAAAGGAUGUUGAGCCCAUCCUCUCUACCAGCCAUUGAUGAAUCAACAAUGUUACCCGAAGAAUCGAUGCAAGCGAGCACCCCAAAGGAGCUUCCAAAUAUCCGCAAAACGAGGGCAUCGAAUGAGUAUCAAAAAGCUGUUCUGGCUCCUGUAUCAACUGCAGAAGUACACACGCCUCACCAAAGUCCUAAGAAGUCAACUGAGAAAAGCUCGAAGAGUAGCUCAGGCAGUCCUCUGAAGAUAUUUGGUACAUAUGAUACUUUCACCAAUCAAAAAUUACUUCGAAGACUCAGUCAAUUUGAAGGGGAUUUGGACCAACAUAGUACCGAAGCUUCUGGGGCGAUGCAAGACUUUACUCGUCCUGAAUUAAACGAUGCUUUUGUAGCAGCGUCGAGUCCACAAAGGCCAGCCGAGGCGAGUCGCAUUCAGCGCGGUCAGGGAAGAAAGAUGAAUAGCUUUGGUGCUGGUGAGCUAGACAGCUUUGAAUUCAGUGAAGGGUCGUACAACACAAUUGGGUCCAAUGCAGGAGACGAAGAUAAGGAAAAUAUGGCGCUACCAGUCCUCAACCCAAAUACCCAGAGCUCGUUUAAGUUUCAACUUGAGCCAUCACCCGAGCUAAGCGACGAUGUUGUUAUUCAUCAUAGAGCCAAGUACACGACCAGAACAAGCACGACAAGAAAAAUCACCAGCAUCCGCAAAUCUACCAGACCUGGGACAGGUAGUUCUGUGACCUCGGUGGAUGCUUUCUCGCCCCAGGCUGAAAACCUCAAAACUCCUAGGAAGCGGAACGGUGAUUCCGAAGGCAAGCGACUUCCCAAAACGCCGCUAAAAGAUCCAACCCCGAAACGUCGACGCACUUUGAACAAUUCUGAGACCAACCUUGCAGAGCGAAGAGAAAGCACAGGCGAACUGGAUCCAUUGAGAGACACUCACAAUCAGAUGCAGUCGGUCGUUGGGAGGAAACGAAAGGAUGCUAGGCAUGGCGACGAUCAACAGGCGGCAAAUCCAAAGGUCCUGGCAAUGCGUCAGAUUCUGCGACCUCGAACACCAACUCCAAGUCAACGUAGCAGCCAGCAACACGAAAGCGCACCUGUUCUGGAAGAAACCCUCACAUCUUCACAAAGGACCAAGCGACAACAAGAACAGAAGCUAGCGAAAAUACAAGCUGAGCUAGAUUCGACGGGUCCUUUCAGGAUGUCUGCUGCUCUAGGCGUUGGACAACACAUGCUGGACGAAAGUCGAAAGGGCUCCGUUACUACACAAGACUUUUUGGACGAGGCGAAAAAAAUUAUGGCCGGCAUUCGAGGAAAAACGCGGCCUAGGAGUGGCUUGACAAGUCUAGAAGAAUCCGAGUCUGAGAAUGACCGCGGCGUUCCGGCUGAAGGGGGAAUACUUGACGUUGAAGAUUCUUUCCAGGAGUCCACACAAGAACCGUUCUCCAGACCGCCAAGUCGAGACGGAAAACCUUUACUACGACUGCCUCUCAAGCAAGAAGACCCAGCUUUGUUGGAUCACUUGAGGAAAUACCAGGAAACAAGUGAUAUAAAUGGAGUCAUCGCUUCUUCUAUGAGAUCCAUCGCAAUGGCUAAGGAAGCUGCCGAUGUAGCAAAGGAGAUUGAUCGAAGAACAGAUGAGGCCAUCGCCAGAUCGUCCAGUCGGUCGAUGAUUCCAGCAGACACCGUUGAGAGCGAGCCACCCAACAUUCGAAUCUCUCAGAAUCCCGAUGCGCAGCGAAAGCGAAAGCAUUCAACAUCCUCCGUCCGUACUGGUGAGGAUCAUGAAGCAGACUUCCUUUCCCAAGGGUCGAAUGGCUCUUCUGGACAAUCCACAGCCCGUUCAAUUCCUACGGGAUCUUCAAGGGGCUCGGAUUCACGUCGAGUUAUUGCUCCGCAUACAGUUUCUCACCUUAUUCCGGAACAAUUAGCUGGCAUGGUAUUCGAUCACGAGAGCAAGAAGUGGGUCAAGACCAGGACUGCAGGCUCUGAUAACGGUGCAAGGAACUUCCUUCCAUCAGACGAAACUGAUGAAGACCCCUUCGGCGAUAUCCCCGAUCUUUCUGUUGAUGAGACUCAGGAACUGCAGAGGAUCAAAGCAGUGGCUGCUAAACGUAAGGAAGACGAGCGAUUGUUUCAAGAGCAACGUGACAACACGUCAACGCAGUCCUCCUUGCCAGCUACUGCAAUGUCUAACAUUGGACCACAAGCGUAUGCCGAUCACAAGUUAUUGCAGGAGCAAUCCGGCGUUGCGCAACUUUCGUCAGAGCAGCACACUCCAAGUACGGAAUCAGAAUCUCAGUCGCAUAAGAGCGCAUCUCCCCCUAAGAGGCAGCCUGACAUUCCCGAGAAGUCCAUACAUGCCGAAACGAAAAAAAUUGUUGCAGAUGAAGUCGAACGAGAGAUAUCGAUUCAUGAGGAUCGAGUGGACUCUCAAAGUCCUCAAAGAAGACGAAAUGUCACCAUCUCCUUCUCAUCUCCUCUAGCAUCAAUCAUUCAGGCAUCGACAUAUGAUGCCGACAGCAGCAUGGACCGUGACCCUAGUGAUACCAGCCAGCUCCAGAUGGACGCUGACGAGGAUGGUGGCAAUGACAGUAUCAUCGUUCUGAAAAAAGCAAACACCUCCUCGCAGAGGAGCUCCUCAACGAAGACACGGUCUACAUUUAGAAGUACAUCUCGUCGUAUGUCUCUAAGAGGCCACAAGUUUCCCGCUCGUCCUGUGUCCCGCAUCGACGAGCAAGACGAAGACUCGACAAGUGAGAACUUGACACACCAACAAAGGCGAAGUGUCAGUGUCAUUGUAUCGACCCCUGUCCCAUCCAGACACGUAUCAGAUAUCAUCCUCGCUACACCUCGUCCAAGUCAUGAGGUUGGAACACUUACAUUGACGCCACUUUCGGACUUUACUGUGCACCAAGCGGAUGUGUCGCUGGGCCUUGAUGUUAGCUAUGUUGCCCAAGGACAUCGGUAUACUGUCGGAAGUGCCUCCAAGAAAGCCCUUUCUCUGUCGAUAAAGGACCUGGUGGAGAAACUCACAGAAGUGGAGCCUUACGAACCAUUCUGGGAGAAUAUUAAAGAACUCAGCCUCAGGGACAAAAGGCUAACAAAUCUCCACAAGCUCAACGAAUUUUGUGAAGAGCUAGUACAACUCGAUGUCUCUCACAACCACAUCCGACAGCUGGAUGGCGUGCCUACAACAACCCGAAGUCUCCGUGUAUCGCACAACUGCCUGAACGACCUUGCUGCUUGGAACCAUUUGCAUAACUUGCAGUACAUCGAUGUUUCGAAUAACGAGCUGGAAACUAUGUCGGCGUUUAGGUCUCUUAUCCACUUGAGAGGCAUCCGAGCAGAUAACAACAAGAUCAAAAGCUUGGAUGGUGUGAAUCAGCUGGAUGGCCUCCUCAGUCUUCGUUUACGUGGGAACGCUAUCACUUCAAUCGACUUCCAGAACACCAUGCUUCUACGCCUUUCGGACCUUGAUGUGAGGAACAACAACAUCACUGAUGUUCGAAAUCUCCAAGAGUUGCGAUCGCUCUCAGCACUAGAUCUAGAAGAUAAUCGCUUGUCCGAUUUCUCCAUGAAUGACGUGGUGGGAGGUCUGAGGUACUUGAAAUUGAGUGGCAACAAUCUGGAGAACAUUGAUGUCAGCAUGCUUCCAAACUUACGCCUGCUUUAUCUAGACCGGAAUCGCCUAGGGAUGGUGUCUGGUCUUUUGAAGACUAAAUACCUCGACAGUCUGUCGAUAAGGGAGCAGCAAAAUGGCACUGUCAUCGACAAAUCAUUUCUCUCCGAUGCGUGCGAAGUGCGCAAACUCUUCCUCUCCGGCAACUUUCUGGGGACUUUCGAACCUCAAGUUGAUUUCCUUAAUUUGCAGUACUUGGAGCUUGCAAAUUGUGGUAUCGAAUCCCUACCAGAUGAUUUUGGACACACAUUUCCCAAUACCAGAGUCUUGAAUCUCAACUUCAAUGCACUGAGGGAUAUCAAGCCCCUGGUUGGCAUUGCCCGUCUGAAGAAGCUUCACCUAGCUGGCAAUCGACUAGCCAGGUUGAGAUCAGCUGUCUGCGUGCUGGCACAGUUCCCGACACUGGCAUUGGCUGAUCUACGAGGCAAUCCCCUUACACUUGGUUUCUACCCUGCCGUGACGGAAAAUAGAAUGAUCUCACGACAGGACAUGGAUGAAGAUGAAACAUCAGCCCAGGAUCCCUUCACUCUGGGAACCGCGGAUAGGGGACAGGAUGACAAGUACGUGGCGUGUUUAGAUAUGGACACGCGAAUGCUCAGGAGGGUGUACGAGGUGAUGAUUCUGACUAACUGUCGCCGAGUCAAGACACUGGAUGGUCUGGAGAUCACGAAGUUCUUACUACAAAGCAAGGACAAGGUCUGGGAAGCUUUGGUUCAAGCAGGGGUUUUUGAACCUCGCCCAGGGGAAGCAGGGACAGAACAGGGAUCUGAGGAAGAGAAUGCGGGUUUCGAGCCGGAGCCUGAGAAGCCCGUUGAAGAGAGAUGGCCUGGGGAGGACAGUUUUGCAUAA